AUGAGCCAUCAUUCAGAAAUUAAAAAACAUGAGAGUACAUCCACAAAUGCGUAUCUCCCUCCUGUGGAAGAUUCAGAAGAUUCAAUCAAUACUAGAUUCUACAUGUACAAUAUUUACGAGCAUGUAUUUAAUGACAUAAUAUGCGCUCCAGUUCAAGAAAAGUUGCAAACCGGUGCCAAAGUGCUAGAAUUUUGUUGUGAUUCUGGAAUUUGGACUACAGAGAUUGCACCUGAAUAUCCAAAUACAGAAUUUUAUGCAGUUGAUUCUACCAUAUCAAUUUCUGGUGAAAAAUUUAAUAAUAUUACAUUUAUUGAAUGUGAUAUUUUUAAAAAGCUACCAUUCCCCGAUAAUGAAUUUGAUUAUAUUGUUUCUCAAGAUAAACUUUUUUUAAUGGAAAAAAAUAGAUUUCUUGAAGGUUUAUCAGAAAUCAUUAGAGUAUUAAAGCCUGAAGGUUGGUUAGAGUUUGUAGGUACAUAUAAUACGGAUCUUGUUUAUGGGUCAGCUUAUAAACAAUUAAAAAACACAUGGGAAUCGUGGCUCAGAUUACAAAAUAUUGAUAGUGACAUAGUUAAAAACAUUGAAAAUUACCUUCAACAAACCGGAAAAGUCGAAUCAAUAUCAUGUCAAACAAAAGACUCUCAGAUUCGAAGUGGAAAUGCUUUUGGAGAGUUCCUUAAUGAAUUUAUUUUCUCCUUUUAUAGAAGUACGAGGGAUUAUUUGGCACCUUUUAUGAGCAUUUCACUUGAAGAAUUUGAUGACUUGGUGAAUAAGGCAGAAUGUGAAUUAAGUGCUAAAGAUAACCAAACAACAAUAAGACAUAAACAAAUACUUGCAAAAAAGAAGAGUAUGCAUUCUGAAGCAACUACACGUACUGUAUCCAGUACUGAAUAA